AUGGCAUCAUUUUUGUGGUUCUCUGGAUAUGCAAUCAGCUCACUGAUCGUCUUCGUCUUCGUCAACGUUCUACGGCAAUUUCUUCCUCGCCGGAAAAGCGAGCCACCUCUCGUCUUUAAUUGUGUGCCGUUUGUUGGGAACGCUGUUGCAUAUGGUCAGAAUCCGCACCGCUUUCUGGAGGAUUGCCGGAGAAAGCACGGAGAUAUAUUCACAUUUGUGCUCUUUGGGCGUAAAAUGACCUGCUAUCUCGGCUGUAGUGGCAACGACUUCAUCCUCAAUGCUAAGCACAGCGACUGCAACGCAGAAGACAUCUAUGGCCCAUUGACGAUCCCGAUGUUUGGUACGGACGUCGUGUACGACUGCCCUAAUGAGAAACUUAUGGAACAGAAGAGGUUUAUCAAAUUCGGCCUUUCGCAGGAAGCCCUUAAAGAACACGUCUCACUUAUCGAAAGAGAAGUUCUUGACUACAUCAAGACAACACAAUCGCUGAAAGGUCGACUUGGACAGCUGAAUGUCACCCCAUCCAUGGCCGAGCUCACAAUAUUUACAGCCGCCCGGGCCCUUCAAGGGGCCGAGGUGCGAAGCAAGCUGGAUAGAGGAAUGGCAAGGCUUUAUCACGACCUUGAUUUGGGCUUCCAACCAAUCAACUUCCUCCUCCCCUGGGCUCCCUUGCCACACAAUCGCCGGCGGGAUAUAGCGCAUGUGAAGAUUCGUAAAAUAUUCACAGAUAUCAUUGCAGAGCGCCGCAAAGUCGAAUUAGAAGGAGGCGAAGUCGAACACGACAUGAUAUGGAACCUCAUGCACUCAACUUACAAGAAUGGAACACCAGUACCUGACAAGGAGAUAGCACAUAUUAUGAUAACGCUACUGAUGGGCGGUCAGCACUCCAGUUCCGCCGCUUCUUCCUGGACCCUUCUGGAAUUGGCAGCAAGGCCUGAUAUUCAGGAAGAACUAUACCAGGAACAAGUACGGAAUCUAAGCGAAAGCGGUAACGGAUAUUUACGUCCACUCCAAUACAGUGAUCUGGACAAGAUGCCCCUUCUGCAGGGCGUCAUCAAGGAGACACUGAGAGUGCACCCUUCAAUCCUCGCCAUUCUGCGCAAAGUCACGAAGCCAAUGCCCGUUCCUGGCACUCCGUAUGUUGUCGGUACGGAUAAGGUGCUCCUCGCUUCCCCCAGUAUCACCGCCAUGAGCGAAGAAUACUUUCCCGACGCGAAGAAGUGGAAGCCUCACCGCUGGUUAUCACGUUCAGAUAACGACGAGCAAGACACCGAGAUCGUAGAUUACGGUUAUGGGCCCAUCAACAAGGGGACGAAGUCUCCCUUUAUACCUUUCGGUGCCGGCAGGCAUCGAUGUAUAGGAGAGAAAGCCUCGUACGUUAAUCUGAGUGUCAUCAUUGCGACUUUGGUCCGUCACUUCAGAUUCUCAACCGUUGAUGGCUCCAGCAUUGUCCCAGAGACAGAUUAUACAUCGAUGUUCGCAACCCCGAAGUGGCCCGCCAUUAUCCGAUGGGAACGUCGAGAGGAAGCCGCUGUCUGA